GCAACAUUCCGCUAAAGUUAGCUUCGUGGUGUAAAAGUAACUGGUUGACUGGGAAGAGAAUUGUGUUCAAGUCCCUUUUUAAAGAAAACCAUCAAACAUCGAGUGCACCGCGGCCGUAGCGCUUUGCGGGUUUCCAGGCUUUAGCCGCAGCCCGUCAAACCUGUUUUAUCACGUUUUGUCAGCUUGUAGAAACCUCGCACCGAAUUACUUAACUUCAACCUAACGUUGGCAUCGUGUUCAGAUGUUCCCUUCCUACAAAGUAGCAUGCUAGCCUCUCACGAGCUUCAAUAAAACAUCUAUUCCGUUAAACGUAAGGGGGGAAGCGGUGAUCAUUCGGACCUGGACGAUGCUUCUCCGAAAUCGAGCUGUGUUUGCGCGCGGCCUCCGCGUAUGCUCGACUCGCCUGAUGAAAGGGCCGGCGGUGGUCGCAGCGAGACCCAUCUCAGACAUGUCUGAAUUCCGCAAGGUCUUCUCCAACGCCAAACACAUAGCUAUCAUCACCGGGGCCGGCGUGAGCGCAGAGAGCGGCGUGCCGACCUUCAGGGGGGAGAACGAGAAGUGGAGGAAGUGGCUAUCUCAGGACCUGGCCACGCCGGAGGCCUUCUCUCGGACCCCGUCUCGGGUGUGGGAGUUCUACCAUUACCGAAGGGAGAUGGCCUUGAACAAGAAGCCCAGCGCGGCCCAUCUGGCCAUAGCCGAGUGCGAGGCCCGGCUGAGCAAGCAGGGACGCUCCGUGGUCGUCAUCACCCAGUCCAUAGACGACCUCCACCGGCAGGCCGGGUCCAAACACGUGCUGAAGGUCCACGGCAAUCUGAUGGAGACCCGCUGUGUGAGCUGUGGACAUGUGAGCGUGAACAGGCGAAGCCCAAUAUGUGCUGCCCUGAAGGACAAAGGCUCACCUGAUCCAGAUGUUGCUGAUGCCCAGAUUCCUGUGGAUAAACUGCCACGGUGCGGCGAAAGCGACUGCCGCGGCCUGCUGAGGCCCAACGUGGUGUUCUUUGGAGAGACUCUGGACUCCCACAUCCUGACCAAGGUGGAAAAAGAGAUGGAGACCUGUGACCUCUGCCUGGUGGUGGGCACGUCGUCGAUCGUGUACCCGGCAGCCAUGUUUGGCCCCCAGAUUGCAUCCAGGGGCGUCCCAGUGGCGGAAUUUAACAUGAAUAUUACCCCAAAAUCCGAGUACUUCACGUACCAUUUCCAGGGUCCAUGUGGAACUACGCUGCCUCCAGCUUUGGCGCCACACGAGUCCGAGGCUCUUUAAGAGGCUGUUUGUAACGAGACUGACUCGACAAACCAUCGUCUACAGACCGACGUCAUCCAAGCGUUUGUCUUAUCAGUCGUGCUGUUGAGGGAGUGUUUUCUUUCAACACUUGUGGAUCAUCUUCUACUUGAAUUUGCUGUGUCGCUCAAUAAACUGGAAAUGGGAUUGUUUUAAGUUUGACAUGUUGGUUGCUUUCAGUCUGAGGCAUUGCACUGUGCAUGCAGCUGCUGGCAAAGGAUGAUCUUGUUAUUCCACACGCAUAUUGUGUGUUCGAUGCUGGUGACGGAUUAUAAUGCUUUGCUUCACAUCGGAACAUAUUGCUACUGUUGCCGGCGGAUAAUAUUCCCUCUCUGUCUCCCCCGAAUGAACCGAUGAACACGGCGUAACAUAAUCUUGUGCCAUUUGAAGCUGUUUACACAACCUUGACCAAAUCGCUUUGCACUUCAGGUGUGAAUCCAGCGAUGUUACACAGGUGUAGCUGUCUUCUGACCGAGGACACAGAGGACAUGCGGUCCCUUCAUUUCCAGCCUGAUUCAGCUAUACUUCCGUUUCCGGCUGCUUCCUCGUGUUUGUUAUCAGUAUCACUUGUCAUGGGUUUUUCUUUUUUACAUUAAUGUCAGUUUUCUAUGUACUGGUGUUUAACAGCUGCAGUUGUAAAUUCUCUAAAAGUGAAUUCAAUCAUUCAAUUAUGUUUUUUUUUUUUUUAAACAACCUUUUCUGCCUGUAAACAUCACUCACAGUUCAUGAUAAUGAAUACUGCCUAUGAAAAUAUGUCUAAUGUAAUUAUUAAAACACUAAAUGCACGUUUGCA